CUCACUUGUGCACACGGCCAUCCAUCGCCCCCCACUACGCACAAUGUCGUCCAACAACGCGCCGCAGGACCUGGUCAACAAGCUCAAGGACCUGGGCAUCUCGGACAGGUCGGCGCGGUUCGCCCUCGGCAAAACCAACAACAAUGUGGAGGCGGCAGCCGAGUAUGUCUUUUCGGGACGAGCGGACAAGGAUGAGGUGAGCCCAGAUGCCAAAGAACCCUACAACUCUCCCGUCAUGAUGCGACUCUCGUCGCUCGACUCUCUCCCCCAAUUCCCACCAAGAUUCCCUCUACUUCAAGGCUCGGGAGGCUCUCACGGCCUCACCGCUGCGUUCACUGGUGUUCCGCCUGGCGUCGUUUCGGCAUGGUCCGUUAGCGGGCGGCACAAGCGCAGGGCUGCGGAAGCCGCCGCGGAGGUGGAGAGCUCAGAGUCGGGCCACCAGAUCGACGCUGUCGACCCAGAGUGUGCAAGCCACAGUGGUGGCGUUGAAGAAGACAUCUCAGAGGUCGAGCCAGUGCCAGAACUGGAGCAGCCUACCCUACAAGAAGCAGGAAGAGAAGAUUCAAUACUAACGCAGGACUCUGUCGUCUCCCUGCCAAUCGUCAUUCCCGAUGAACGCGACUUGGAACAACAGUCCAACGACAUUAUCAUGGCAGCCCUUGGCCGGUCAACAAGCAACAGCAGCCCCAUUCCAUCCGCCGCUCACCAGCCCAAGAAGGGCUCCAUUACCUCCAAGCCCACGGCUGGAGCCUUAGCGGCACUUGGCAUGCGUGCUGCCGCCAUCGCCGGUCCCACUAUUACUCCGCCCACCCCUGUCGUUGAGGACCCCCCGAGCGGACCCAAUGCAGCAGGUGCAGGUGCAGGUGCCAACCCCACGUCGAAAACGUUACUCCAGCCCUCGCGCCCCCUGGGACGCACCUCGUCCACCAAGACGUCGAGCACUGGCCGCUCCAGGUCGCCGAGCCCCUUCUUCCGUGCCCGCCGGUCCCGCGAGGAGCGCCGUGCGCGAGACAAGAGCCCCGAAGUUCAAGCCCUGCGCAAGGACUCUAUCACUGGCCACGAGUCGGAUGCCGAGUCUACGUCUGGUGGACCCCGCAAGUUCCGCCCCGCGGUGUCUGCAUACGAGUCACCUGACGAGAGCGGCAACGAGGGUCUUACCGAGGAUGAGCAUGACGACAGCGAACCCGAGCACCACCACACCCCCCACGACGACGAUGACGAUGACGACUCUGAGUGGGAUGAGGACAACUUUUUCGACGACGAGACAAAGGGCAACACCGAGGCCAACGCCUUCUACGAGGAUGACAGCAUCAUCGCCAAGGAAGACGGCACCACCGAGCAGAAGGAGUUCAACCGCGAGAACUUUGACGUCUACGGCGAGGAGAUUGAGCAAGAUGUUCUCGGUGAAGGACCCAAUGUCGUUGUGCCUGAGGAGCCCAUCUUUGCCCAGCCGUCGCACUUGCAGCCUGCAAAGGUCCGCAAGUCGCUCAAGUCUGGCCUCGACUUGGUCACGUCGCGCCCGACAUAUGCUCGUGACCGUUGCACCAUUACCAUCACCCAGGGUGACCCCGAUGCUGCGCUCGACGAGAGUGGCAAGCGUAUGCGUCGCUACGUUGUGCUCAGUGACUUGUCCGAGGAAAGUCGCUACGCUGUCGAGUGGGCCAUUGGCACGGUUGCCCGUGACGGUGACGAGGUGUUCCUUAUCUCGGUCAUGGAGAACGAGGACAAGGUUGACCCCAAGAACUGGUCCAGUAAAGAUCAGGCUCUCAAGAUCAAGGUUCAGAAGGAGCGCCAAACAACCGCCCUUCUCCUUGUCCGCCAGGUCACUGGUCUCCUGACCCGUACCCGUCUCAACAUUACUGUCACCUGCCAGGCCCUGCACGCCAAGAACGCUAGGCAUAUGCUUUUGGACCUGAUCGACUUCCUUGAGCCCACUUUAGUUAUUGUGGGCUCGCGCGGCCUCGGCCAGCUCAAGGGCAUCCUUCUUGGAUCCACAUCACACUAUCUGGUUCAGAAGUCUUCGGUGCCAGUCAUGGUUGCCCGCCGCCGCCUGCACCGUCCUCUUCGCAGCACCAACCCAGAGGAGCUGCGACACUCGCCCCGUGUCUCGUUGGCAUCGGCCAACAUCGAGAAGCAAGCCUCCACCAAGCAGGAGGAUGACAUUGUUGACGCCCAAGACGAGGAGGACAAGGCCGAGGCUGUCGAGCCAGGGCACGCGACGGUUGCCGCGACUUCGUAGAUCCUUGAGUGAUGUUGUAUCAGGCUGGUAUGAGAUUUAUCUGUGCCCGAA